AUGGCGGCUAAAAUGGCGAAAAUGUGUCAAAAACAGCGUGCUCGGUGCGGGUUGGAAGCACGAAUAUGUGGUUCUGAGGCAACAGAGACAAAUGAACCUUUCAAACGGCAAGGCUCAUUGCGAAAAGUUCUUCCUCCUAAACAAUAUGGAGAAUCAAUGCUUAGCAUGUCUGCCAAAAUGAUCGAACGUCCACAACAAUCUUCUUCGCAAAUAAGUCUUUACAAGCAAGCUUACAGUCCAUUCUUCCAAGAGUAUAGUAUAAUGAGUGAAUACAACCUACUGACUAAGAAAUGUCUUCCAGGGCUCUAUGUUAUGCCCUCCGCUUCUUCUCCUUUAUUAUGGUUUGGUGUAUUGUUCAUCAAAAAAGGGCUCUAUCAUGGAGGUAUCUUUCGUUUCAAUUUGGAAAUUCCCGAGACCUUUCCUGAUUGCACAUGUCCGAAAGUUGUAUUCGAGUCUAAAGUCUUCCAUCCUAGUAUAGAUAUUGCAACUGGCGAAGUUUUCUUGAAUCAAACAUUUCCGGAGUGGAAGAAAGAUGUGAACCAUUUAUGGCAAAUACUUGAACACGUAUUGCAGUUGUUUCUCAGCAUUGACGUCAAGGAUGCAGUCAACCAAGAAGCAUCUAAUCUGUAA